AUGGCAGCCCAAGAAGAAUUCAUCAGAACGCAAAUCUUCGGCACAGUUUUCGAAAUCACCAACCGGUACAAUGACUUGAAUCCGGUCGGAAUGGGUGCGUUUGGUCUUGUGUGUUCUGCUACAGACACCUACACCAAUCAACCCGUUGCCAUCAAAAAAAUCAUGAAGCCGUUCUCCACCGCUGUUCUCGCAAAGAGAACAUAUCGUGAGUUGAAACUACUCAAGCAUCUCAGACAUGAAAACCUCAUUUGUCUAGAAGACAUCUUUUUGUCGCCUUUGGAAGACAUUUAUUUCGUCACCGAACUGCAGGGCACAGAUCUACACAGACUCUUGCAAACCCGUCCCUUGGAAAAACAAUUUGUGCAGUAUUUCCUUUACCAAAUAUUAAGAGGUCUAAAAUACGUGCAUUCAGCUGGUGUCAUUCACAGAGAUUUGAAACCCAGCAACAUUCUGAUAAACGAAAAUUGUGAUUUGAAAAUCUGCGAUUUCGGCUUGGCUAGAAUUCAGGAUCCACAAAUGACCGGAUACGUGUCUACUCGGUACUACCGUGCCCCAGAAAUCAUGCUAACAUGGCAAAAGUAUAAUGUGGAAGUCGACAUCUGGUCUGCCGGUUGUAUUUUCGCAGAAAUGAUAGAAGGUAAACCGCUUUUCCCCGGUAAGGAUCAUGUGCAUCAAUUCUCCAUCAUAACCGAUCUCUUGGGAUCUCCUCCAGAAGACGUCAUAAACACCAUUUGCUCCGUCAACACUCUCAAGUUUGUCACUUCUUUACCACACAGAGAUCCUGUUCCCUUUUCAGAGCGUUUCAAGAAUGUCGAACCCGAUGCCGUUGAUCUAUUAGAGAAAAUGCUUGUUUUCGAUCCCAACAAAAGAAUAACAGCAGCCGAUGCUUUAUCACAUCCAUAUUUGGCUCCUUACCAUGACCCAUCCGAUGAACCAGAAGCCGAAGCUAUUUUCGAUUGGCAUUUCAAUGAUGCAGACUUACCUGUGGACACCUGGAGAGUUAUGAUGUACUCCGAAAUUUUGGAUUUCCAUCAAAUCGGUGACAACCAAAUAGAUCCCAAUGCUACCUUUGAUGAUCAAGUUGCCGCCGCCACUGCCGCCGCACAAGCAGCACAAGCGGCGCAACAUCAGCAGGACUUAUCCCAGUCGCACACUAAAAGUCCUUCAGAUGCACCACAAAAGGCUGCGCAGCACUCAUCCGACAGCCAUCACCAGGAGGUUGCGAACACACGUCAAAAUGAAACCUUGAACACUUACGGGAAUCAAGCAGCUCAAUACGCAUCCGAAUUUCAGUAG